GCCCUAUCUACAAGCGAAGAACGCAACACCAUACACACUGCACAGAGAGAACUAUCUCGAGCUAGUUAAUCAAGACGUUGCCAUGGCCAAGAUGGUGUUGCUCCCCGUGCUCCUGUCCUUCCUCCUCUUGCCCUUCGCUUCCCUCGCGCUGACGCAGGACUUCUGCGUCGCCGACCUGAGCUGCAGCGACACGCCCGCUGGGUACCCGUGCAAGGCCAGCGUCAGCGCCGGGGACUUCUACUACCACGGCCUGGCCGCCGCCGGCAACACCAGCAACCUCAUCAAGGCCGCCGUGACCCCGGCCUUCGUCGGCCAGUUCCCGGGCGUCAACGGGCUCGGCAUCUCCGCGGCCAGGCUAGACAUCGCCGUGAGCGGCGUCGUGCCUCUCCACACCCACCCGGCCGCCUCCGAGCUCCUCUUCGUCACCCAGGGCACCAUCGCCGCCGGCUUCAUCACCUCCUCGUCCAACACCGUCUACACCAAGACGCUGUACGCGGGCGACAUCAUGGUGUUCCCUCAGGGCCUGCUCCACUACCAGUACAACGCCGGCACGGGCGCCGCGGUGGCUCUCGUCGCCUUCAGCGGCCCCAACCCCGGCCUGCAGAUCACCGACUACGCGCUCUUCGCCAACAACCUCCCGUCGGCCGUCGUGGAGAAGGUGACCUUCUUGGACGAUGCGCAGGUGAAGAAGCUCAAGAGUGUGCUCGGCGGCAGCGGCUAAGUUGUUCUCGACAAGCUGGUUAAAUGGUCGUGGUCUACGUCGUCGUGUCUGCAUGCAUGAGUGCACCUGUUGUCCUUUGAUCAAAGUCUGUGGUCCUUUUCAAGUUAUCCAUGUUCAUGUUACUUUCAUUUCAGGUUGUAUUCAGUAUAAUUUCAAUAUCUUGUAAGGGAAGAUUGAAAUGAGAUUUGAUCGGUUUAA